AUGGGGAUUCCGAAGUUUUUUCGUUAUAUCUCUGAGAGAUGGCCAAUGAUACUACAACAGGUGGAACCUGAUAAAACUCCGGGGUUUGACUAUCUGUAUUUGGACAUGAACUCUAUAUUUCAUAUGGCUACACAUAGUAAUGAUGUCAGUGACGAUGUGGGAAAAGGGACGACCGAUGAGGUGAUAUAUUCCAGAAUCUUUACGUACAUCGACCAUAUCUUCCUGAUGAUAAAACCAACCACAAUAAUAUACAUGGCGAUUGACGGUGUUGCUCCCAGGGCUAAGAUGAAUCAGCAACGUUCUCGUAGAAUUCGUACGGCUAUGGAUGCUGAGAAAGCUAUUGAUGCUAUGAAGAAUGCAAUCGGUGAAGAAAAUUGGGAUUCUAGUAUGGAACCCUUUGAUAAGAACUCAAUUACUCCAGGGACAGAGUUUAUGGCCCAACUUACAAUCAAUUUAAAGUAUUUUAUUCACGAGAAAAAGACUAAUGAUUCCAAUUGGAGAGAUGUGCAGGUGAUAUUUUCUGGUCAUGAAGUACCAGGUGAAGGUGAACAUAAAAUCAUGGAUUAUAUAAGGAAAUUAAAAUCCCAGCGUGAUUACGACCCAAACUCAAGACACUGUAUAUAUGGCUCUGAUGCCGAUCUGAUUAUUUUAGGUUUAUCAACCCAUAUUCCACACUUGGCAGUUUUAAGAGAGGAGAUGAUAUUUGGAAGAAAAAAAGACAUAAGAGCUGGUUUGGAAGCCCAAAACUUUUUGCUUUUACAUAUGUCAAUAUUGAGAGAAUAUCUUGAAUUAGAAUUUGAAGAUUUAAAAACUAAAUUGAGUUUCAAGUAUGAUUUUGAAAGAAUUAUUGACGAUUUUGUCCUCAUAUUAUUUGUUAUCGGUAACGACUUCUUACCAAAUUUACCAGAUUUACAUCUAAAUAAAGGUGCAUUCCCCGUGAUAUUAGAAACCUUCAAAAAAGCACUGAUGAGCCUUGACAGUUAUAUUAAUUUUAACGGUACAAUAAAUUUAGAAAGACUAGGAGUUUGGUUGGAUUACUUAUCACAUUUUGAAUUCAUGAAUUUUAAACAAAAAGUUUUUACUGUUCAAUGGUUCAAUGAACAAUUGAAUAAAAUACCAACUAUUAAUAAAAAUGUUAAUGAUCAAAAUGAUUUACAAAAGAAACUUAACCUGAUAAAUUCAAUGUUACAUUGGGUGACAAAAAUGGAUACCGAAAUUCUGAGUCCUUCCUCAUUUGCUAUUAAUAGAGAACAGAUAAAAGACAUAUAUCAUUUUUUUAACAAACUAUCUGAAGGAUAUGGUUUUGAAAUUAGUAAGGAUCAAUCAGAAAAUUAUAUUAUCUCUAAGACUCAAAAUGCUAAUGAUGUUAAUUAUAUUAAGAGUUCUUUAACGGAACUGCUAAUUUGUUAUGAAGAUUUAAUAAAAGAUCAGAAUAAAACAAAAAGUAAUGUCCAGGAUAUUUACAAUGAAGAUAAAUUUAAAAGUUGGAAACAGAACUACUAUAAAUCUAAACUUGAGUUCUCAGAGACUUCUUAUGGUGAAGAUUUACGAAAUUUAACUGCAAAUUAUGUCGAGGGGCUACAAUGGGUUCUGGACUAUUAUUAUAAGGAAUGUCCUUCCUGGAGUUGGUAUUACAAAUACCAUUAUGCGCCCAGGAUAUCUGAUUUAAGAGAUGGUUUAAAACAAAGGAUAGUCUUUGAUCAGGAUGAGCCAUUUACGCCAUUUCAACAAUUAAUGGCUGUUCUACCAAGUAGAUCUAGUAAAUUAAUCCCAUCUAUUUUUAGACCUCUAAUGUUGGAUCCUAGUUCUCCUAUUAUUGAUUUUUAUCCAACUACAGUCAAAUUUGAUAAAAAUGGGAAAGCUGCAGACUGGGAAGCCGUUGUUUUAAUAAGUUUUGUUGACCAAGAUAGAUUAAUUAAUGCAAUGAAGCCUUUCUUAAAUCUAUUAACUCCGGAGGAAGCAUCGAGAAACGCUCAUGGAUCAAACAUAAUGUUUUUUUAUGAUUCAAAGAACAACAGCACUUACCAAACAUCACUGAAAGGUGCAUUCAAGGAUAUAAUAAAUGAUAAAUGCAUUGAGCUUGAAUUUACAAUCGAUGUUCCAGAAGAAGUAAAAUAUGGUUUUUUGAAGGGAACUUUGGAGAAGUCAAACAUGCGUCCCAAAUUUCCAUCCCUUUACUAUUUAAAGUUUACCAAUAAACUCCUUAAUUGUGGUUGUUUAAUAUUUGAGAGCCCUACUCAACAAUCAUCCAUGAGCAUUAAUAUACCUAACAGACAAAUGUCCGAAAAGGCUUUACAAAAAUUUAUUUUGAUGAAUCUAGGAAAGGUCGCUUUUACAAGUUGGCCAUAUUUAGAGUUGUCACGAGUAACUUCUUUUAUUACAGAUGAGUAUGAGUAUACCCAAAUUGGAAGAGAUGAUAAUGAUAAAAAAAAAGGAAUGGGAUAUAUUUCUAGAAAAUUAACUACUAAAGAAAAAGCAGAUUUUCAUAAGUUAAAGACCUCUAUUAUCAGAAAGUUGCAAAAAACUUCUGCAGUAAUAUUGCAGUCAAUAACAGUUUUGGUUAAAGUUCAAUGCUUCGAAAGGUUAGAAAAAAACAUAAAUGGCUCCUUUAAAAAAAUAUUCAAAAAUAAUUUUGAAUAUCAUCCACUGCAAGUUGUUAUAUUUAAUGGAAAUACCAAGUUACUAAAAGAAUUUAAUUAUACGCAAGGCCCAUCCUUGUCAUUCGAAGAACAAUUUCCAAAGGAUACUUUUAUCGUAUGUUUGGGAAAAGAAAAUUAUGGUAACUAUGGUCAAAUUGUUGAUAAUUUAAAUGGUAAGAAAUUACAUAUCAAGUGCAGUCAUAAUAUUUCACCAGAUGAUUACAUUAACUUGGCCAAACAAUUGAAAUUAAAAUCAAUGGAUGACGUUAAGUAUUAUCCUACUCACAAAGUCUGUAAAUUAUUAAAAAUCUCUCCAUUGUUUUUAGCCAAUAUAACAUCAAGAUUUGUCGUCAUAGAUGCUAAAGAUAACGCUAUAAAUAUUGCUAUUCCUAUGAGAUUUAAAAACAUUGACAAAAAAAUUAUGGGGUAUACCUACAAAAAUAAUAAUUUAUGGAUGUAUUCCGAGAAAGCAAUUAAUCUUUUACUAAAGUUUAAAAAAAAGUUUCCUGCUUUAUUCCAAAGGCUUUCCAAUACCAAAGAUAGAUUUAUAAGAAUAAAAAAUAUAUUUCCGGAUGUUUCAGCAGAUGAUCUCAUUACAGUAUUAAAAGAUGUAAAGAAGUGGAUAAACGAAGAAACAGUAUCAUUUAUAAAAGUCUCUAAUUCAUGCCAUAUGUUGAAUGAUGAAUCAGUACAAUGUAUAGAAGAAUACCAAAAAAGCAGAUCCAAUGAACUAAUAGAUACUAAUAAAUCUGAUUUGAUAACUAAUGCAAAAUUUAUAAAAAGACCAGAAACCUUUACGAAUAAUCUAAUUUCACAAACUUUCAAUUUAGGUGAUAGAAUAUUAUUUGUCCAGUCGUAUGGUAAAGUUCCAUUUGCAAGUAAAGGUACGGUUAUCGGACUAGAUACUCUUAAUAAUAGACCAUUAAUUCGUGUUAUAUGUGAUAGUGAGAUUACGUCUGCAACUAAUUAUGGGGGUAUUCUCCAAACUCAGCGAAUCGUAACUUCGGAUGCAUCUGAUAUCUUAAACCUAUCAAAUAAACAAUUUGGAUGGUUUCAAAAAAAGGAAAACACAGAUAGAAGGGAUCUCAAAAAUAAAAGUACAACUUCAGCUGCAGAUAAAGAGAGAGUAUCAGUUAGGAACAUACAAAAUCAGCAUAAAAAAGUUCAACUGCAGCACAAAGAGAUCAGCAAAAACAGGGAAGUAAUAGAAAUCACAAAUGAAUUAACUCAAGCUGACAUUCCAGUUCCUUUGUACCAAAGUGCUAUAUCCAAACCCUUUGAAUUCAAAACAUUUGAUAGCUAG